UAUAAAAGUUAAUAUUUUUACAAAUUUCUUUUCAGUUCCUAAAGUUUUCUUAAAGUUUGAAAAAAAUCUUAAAAAAUGUUAAAAUAUUUUUUUAUUUUUUCGGUGAUAAUUUACAGUUUGAAUGCACAGAUCCCGUUGAGGGACGGAAAGUGUCCUGACAUUUCAAGAUGUUUAAGUAAAUUUAAAAUUCCACUGAGCUAUCAGUCUAUUCAAGGCUAUCACUACUUGUACGCAUCAGUUCCGUUCUUCUUCCAAUCAAAUUCAAAAUGCAGCUACAUCCAAUUUACAGGAGCCACAGACAAUGUUAUAGAUUUUGAGACAUUUGCGAUUGAUAAAAUCACAAACCAAGAAAUCGUGUAUGACGGAUCACUUCAUGCAUCCCCAAAUGGCGAUGUUCAAGCCAACUUCACCAGCAUGAACCUUCCACUUGACUUUCAAGUCAUUGCCUUAACAGCUGAAUAUGCCAUCACAUAUUCAUGCAACACUUGCGGUUUCUACUCUAGUAAAGGCGCUGGAAUCUACGUCCAAGUCCUCACCAGACUCCAUCAACCAAAAUGCGAAAUAAUCAAUGACAUCGAACAUAAGCUUGAAGUGUGCGGAAUUCCAACAAGAAGUUUAGUUUACAUUGAAAACAAAGAAUGUGACACGUGUCGUCAUUUUGAGAAAAAGAAAAAAUAAAUUAAAAUUCAUAAAACUUUAUUUAAAGGCUUUUUAGAUCACGACAAGUGCUUUCAGGUUGACAUUUUAAUUUAAAAUAAAAAUAAAAAAAACAGUAACCAGGAACAUCAAAACUUAUCCAGAAAAUCUUAAUGAAGCUGCUGGAGGCUGUGUUGGUGAGCCAACUCUUGCGUCUAUGACAUUUUCUCCAAAAUUGGAACCUGAUCGUGUUGUUGUGGUUGAUGCUGUUGAUGUCGAUGUCGUCGUCGUGGUCGUGGUUGUUCGUCCUCGUCUCCCACCACGCCCCCCUCCAUGACACGCUGAUC